AUGGCCCCCCUGUGCCCCUGGCUGCUGCUCCUGGCCCUGACGGCCGUGCCCACCGCGCGCGGCGCCUGCCCGGCGCCCGCCGACCUCAAGCACGCCGACGGCUCGCGCACCUGCGCCAUCCUCUUCGACAAGAGCGACCCCUACUACGAGAACUGCUGCGAGGGCGCGCAGCUGGCCGUGGAGCCCGGCGCCGACCUGCCCUUCCUGCCCUCCAACUGGGGCAACGUGGCCUCGUCGCUGGUGGUGGCCCCGCGCUGCGAACUCACCGUGUGGUCGCGCCGCGGCAAGGAGGGGAAGACCCGCAAGUUCAGCUCCGGCACCUACCCGCGUCUGGAGGAGUAUCGGCGCGGCGUGCUGGGCGACUGGGCCGACUCCAUCUCCGCGCUCCACUGCAGGUGCUACUGAUGCCUCUGAGAUCCUGUAUCUCCACCUGCCCCUGAGUGCUGCAUCCCUGACCUGACCUGUCCCCAGGGUCCCCUGAAGGUCCCAGCAUGGC